GCAAACUAUGUAUAUAUGUAGUAAAAUCUAAAAAGGUUGAAACUGUGUGGAGAGCAUGGGUUAUGAUAUCGAGCGUUUCGUUGGCUAUGUUAAUGAAGGGCUAUUAUGCUCCAUCUGCCGUGAUGUGUUAGAAGAUCCGUUACAGGCUCCUUGUGAACAUGCUUUCUGUACUGCGUGUAUACAUGGAUGGCUUGUUCAUCACAGUAACUGCCCUGAAGACAGGCAAAUGAUUGAUGUAUCUUUGCUACGACCUCUGUACAGAUAUAUGAAAAAUGAUUUAAACCGUCUUCAGCUACAUUGCAAAAACAGAGAGUAUGGCUGUGAAAUGGUUUGUUCUCUGGAGUCUAUAGACAGGCAUGAAAGGGAGUGUGAAUACAGUCAGAUACCUUGCUCCAAUGCCGGUUGUACAGUUCAGAUUGAACGACGUAACUUAGAUGGUCACCUGGCAGUGUGCGAAUAUCGGAGCCGUGAAUGCCCCAAUGGUUGUGGUUACACCAUUCUCAGUGCAGAAGACACACAGCAUAAUUGUGUAGCAGAGCUAAGAACUGAGCUAGAACUACUUCGGUCAGAAAUGAUCUGCAGAGUGGAGGAGGCAAAACAUGAGAUGGAGUCAAGGUUAGAUUCACAGAGAAGGCAUAUGGUCCAAAAAGAGAGUAUUCUGCAAAAUGAAGUUGAAGAACUAAAGAGUCAGAUGUCACGAAUGAUGUCAGAUGUACGCUCUCUGAUGGCUGCAGAGAGACAGCACCGUCAAGAGCUGGAACAGGCUGAGCUGGAAAAACGGGAACUAAUGGAGCUGCUGAAGGGGCUGCAGAAGGACUGUCGAUUAACGACUACAGAAGGAAGCAGGAAGUCAACAAAUUUCCGCCCUCUAGCACGACUAGAGAGUGUAAAACGAAAACCUAGGGAAGUUACAGUUAUCUAA